AUGAGCGGUACACCAACCGCGGAGACACAAGCUGUCGAGGAUGACGCCUUUGUAGCAGAGACACUCGGCAGAUUCGAGCAACAAUGGCUCCCAGCACAGAUGCAAGACAACAAUGCCCUGGCGCUCGCCAACGCCUGGAAAGAUUGCGACAAUAUGCUGUCAAGAUUCGCCCGCGGCAAUCCCAUCACAUCUGACUAUUCUGACUUUAGACUUGGUAUCUGGACGCAACAAGAUCGUCUGAAGGACUGGGGAAGACAACUUGGCUUCCCACACAUGCUUGAUCCGAACGAUCAUGGCCCUCUCGACCCUCGCCUCACGGUACCUCGACUCGCCCAGGGGGCAUUCGACUUUCUCGACGACAUAGUCAAGUCCAUCGCCCCGCUUUUGCCACUUUCUAGAAGGCACAUGAGGCCAGACCUAGGGGGUCAUCCCGGGCCUCCAUCAAUGAACUUGAAAAUCAGCAGCGCGAUGAGGUGGCAUAGGAAGGAUAAGAAGGCUUUUGUGUCUCUGAGCCGGGGCAUUUGUGAAUGCAUCAACUUGCUGUUUGUCUUGUUGGCUGAUGCAGAUGCCUAUAUCUUGCUCAACCCUGUUCCUAAGCCUGUGGAAGGGCCUUCCAAGACCGAGGGAGUAGCGGAUACAAGCCAUGAUGGAUUCGCGGAUAAGCCGAUAACCUCGAGUAUAGAAGAGCCGAAUGAGAUAGACAAAUCUUACGACGAGAAGUCCAGGGGAAUGCUACGAAUCACCGUAGUCAAGGACAAACAUCUCGCUAACGCAACGCUGAGGUGGGAAGGCUACAACAGCAAGGAUGUCCAGGAGAAGCAACAAGAGAUGGAGGACGUCAACCCAAUUCAUCCAUCUUGGCGUAUAGUGAGAAAGACAGCGAGGAUUUGCAGCAGAUUUGAGCGGCUGGGACGCAACAGCCAACCUACAAGUGAAGGAGACGACACUCACAACACUACCGGCGUCAUUCCUAACCACAGCCUCGGCCAACUUGUCGAAUGGUUGGACGAACUACAACAGCAUAAAGCAUUACCGGAGAAUAGAACAGAACAAUCGACACUCGAGUACAUGCAAAUGCUUCUCGGCCCGGCCAACACCCAACGCAUCAAGGCUCCUACGUACGACUUGGACCAUCAGAUUCAGGAUCUGAUCGUCACUUUAGAUCGCGUCGAUAUCUUUCCAGACUAUAAAGAAGCCGUCCCUCCUGCCAAGAUGUGGUUAUCUGGCGACUCAAUGAGAUUAGAGAUGCUUUUUCAGAUGAUCGUCGCAUACGAGUUAAAACUACGUCUCGAGCAAACCACAACCAACUUUACCGUCAGCAACCAAGUCAUGGCGGCGAUAGAGUCGGCUUGUCGAUGGAUCAAAGGUGUACGCAUCAAGAAUGGCUCAGGACCCGAGUAUGAGCCAUAUUAUUACUUUGAAGAACUAGUUCAUGAUGAGCAGAUUGAAGGUUUGGUUCGAUUCGCUGAGUUCAUGGAGUGGCCUGGCUUGGACGAGAUGCAAGAAUUCUUGGAACCUCGAGGAGCUACCGUCCUUCCAUCUGCAAUGGGCACACACAAGUUGUUGGACUGGGCAUUUGGAACUGUCUUGCCCGGUUCAGGGCAUGUUUGCGCCAUCAUGCCCGCCCUCGUGCUUGCUACCCCAAGUCUGCUGCCGAUGGGCGAGCCAGCGCAUCCCUCCGCUGGGCUCGUGUUGGGUUGGCAAUUAUACUGGCGCUCCAGGCACGUACUUGGCCGUGUUUUUGGCGGGAUGAAGGGUGUCAACGCGGCCAACGGCUGGGUUGGGCCUUGCCCCUCGGUUCUGCCUAACGAUGGUCAAGUUGUCAGCCCUGGCUGGUGGCGGAUUCAGGAGAAGGAGGUGUCUUUUGACCAAGUCUCCAAGCAACCAGCUGGGACCUCGAAUCUUCAGGGCUCAGACGAGUCAGCUAAGUGGGUGGGAGCAGUUCCUCCUCGAAACUUGCCAACUAAGAUCAAGUUCAUGGGCCUGCAGUUUCUAAGAGCAAAGGCAGUUGAUCCCAUGGAUGUGGCCGAUGAGCCAAGAAGAGCUGUCUUGACAUUUAAAAUCAACGAGGCCCCGAUAGCCUCACUACUUGAGCUGAAAUACAACGCAACCUUUGUCGUUGCCCCUAUGGCCCACACCUCGUCGACCUGCGCCAGUUGCCAGGACUCGAGCACAUCGUGGAUGUGGCUGACAUUGGAGACCCUUUUAAGUCUGUGCCCGAGGAUGAGAGGGUGCUGA